AUGCUCCAUUUAAAAACGUGUAACAAAGAAGAAAAAAAGAAAAAUUUAAAAAGAAAGCUUAAAGUAGAUAGCAGUUCAGAGAGUGAAAGUGAAAGAAGUGAAGUGUCAUCAUAUGAAGAUUUGAAUAAUGAAGAAAAAGAAGAAAUUUUGCUUGAUUAUAAAGAAGUUAAAAAAGGGGACUGGUAUGUUCCUCGGUCGAACAAGUUUGACCGAUCAGUUUUCUUGGCAAUUGCUUUUAUAGCUAAAAGAUGUAUUAUUGCAAAAGGUCCGAUUACUUCCAAAGAAUGGCAAUGCUCAACAAGUGAUUAUGCUAAACGUGUCAUUUUAACACCCACUAAUGUGGCUUCAUUGACAAUCAUUAAAGAAGUACUUGAACGCCUACAUGGACAGGUCAAAACUUAUUUAAGUGCUGGUCAAAUAGAGACUAACGAUCUUACUGAAAUAAACAAUUUCCCUGUUGAGUUUUUGAACAGCUUAACUCUUUCAUGUAUGCCUAUUCAUUGUUUAACAUUGAAAGUUGAUUGUGUAAUUAUUCUACUUAGAAAUUUAGAUCUUAAAGCUGGGCUUUGUAAUGGCAUCCAAAUGAAAGCUUGUGCUCUCCAAAACAAUUAUAUUGAUGCAGAGGUUUUGACAGGUGUUUCUGAAGGUAAACAGGUAUUUGUUACUAGAAUUCAGUUGGCUCCGUUGGAUUCUAAUUUAUCUUUUGUUCUCAAACAUCGCCAGUUUCCUGUCCGAUUGGCAUAUUCUAUGACAAUUAACAAAUAUCAAGGUCAAACGUUUGAUAGAGUCGGUGUUUAUUUAAAACAACCAUGUUUCUCUCAUGGUCGAUUGUUUGUAGCGUGUUUAAGAACAAGGGCGUUUAAUAGUUUGUUUUUUAAAGUUGAUAAACAUCCUAUUUAA